AAGACACUAGCAAGCAGCGUGUUGCAGUCACUGCGGCGCCGCAAGAGAGCGCUGUCGGCGCGAAGAGAUCGUGCUUGCAUCAUCAAAUCGGCAGUCAAUAGCUUCGACGCGUCACCGCUCUCCCAACGGUGUAGCGCCUGCCCCAGCCAGAGCUGCAUCUCCGGCCCUAUGCGCAGCGCCAUCAUGCUCUUCGCGGCGGCCGCACGCGCGCUCUGCCCUCGCGUUACGCAGCCCGCGCGCCGCAGCAUCAUCCGAGCAGCAAAAUCCAAGGUAAACAAGCCGCGCUACGCGACCGGCAUGGCCAAGGCCGUGUAUCGAGGCGAGGGCCUCGGCGCGCCGUCCUACGACAGCGCACCCAUAGCGUUAAGUGGCCUGCCCGACACGACGAAGCCCUACGCCGUCCUGGGCAUCGAGACGUCGUGCGACGACACGGCCGCGGCCGUCGUGCGGUCCGACGGCACGAUUUUAGGGGAGAGUGUCGCGAGCCAGCACGAGGUCCACGCGAAGUACGGCGGCAUCGUGCCCGGUUUAGCGAAGGAGGCCCAUGAACUUGCAAUUGACGCCGUCGUCGACGAGGCGCUUCAGCAGGCACACUUGACGAUGAGCGACGUGGGCGCGGUGGCGGCGACCGUCGGGCCGGGGCUGGAAAUUUGUUUGCGAGUUGGUGCUAGAAAAGCAGCUCAUCUAGCAUCAAAAUACCAAAAACCGUUCCUGCACUGCCAUCACUUGGAGGCGCACUGCCUGGUCGCACGACUUCAGACAGAAUUGGAGUUCCCCUACCUCGCCCUGCUCGUGUCGGGGGGCCACUGCCAGCUGCUCUGGGUGCAAGGCGUCGGCGACUGCUCGGUCCUCGGCGGAACUUUGGACGACGCGCUGGGCGAGGCGUACGACAAAGCAGCAAGGAUGCUCCAGCUCUCGUCGGCGACGGGCGGCGGGCCGGCCCUGGAAAGAGCGGCUCUCCGAGGCAACGCGACGGCGGUCGACCUCCCGGUGCCGAUGAAAAAACGCAAGGACUGCGACUUUUCGUAUGCCGGUCUCAAAAAUGCCUUACGGGGCAGGGUCGCCGAAAAACGUAUUGAAAGAGGUCUGAGCGAUGAGGACACUUUGCCAGAUCAGGACGUCUACGAUCUCGCGGCGUCGUUCCAGAGCGUCGCGAUCGAGCACGUCGAGGACCGCCUCAGAGUUGCGUUUAAACGCGUUGUUGGAGAAGCCGGUGCGUCGCCGACGCUAGCCUUGGUCGGCGGCGUCGCGGCGAAUGCGGAGUUGCGGCGGCGUGUGGCGUCUGUCGCGUCGCAGGCGGGCUGGCGGCUGGUCGUGCCGCCUCCGAGGUUGUGCACGGACAACGGGGUCAUGGUGGCGUGGGCGGCGGUCGAGAAGGCGUCGCUGGGGUUUUCCGAUGAAAUCGAUGAGGAGGUCGAGGUGAUCCCGCGCUGGCCUUUUAGGGAGCACUCAGCGCCGGAGCCGGUGAAGAUCGCGGUGAAGCUUGCGUCGAAGGCCGAGCGGGCGACGGCGGCGGCGUAAGGUAUCCAAAAAGAGUUCAAUAAG